AUGGCACCGACUAAGGAAUUCGAGGGCGACGAGUUCUCAAAUAAUUUGUUCAGUGAUUUGGCGCCGUUGCUCACACUAUUUGGAGAACAGGUGACCAAGCAAUUCCUCAGUAUGAGCAUGGGCUGGGCAGACAACAUUCUCCUAGCCAUGGGACCUCUAGGCACCAUCACCAUCAUGGUCAGCGCGAUACGCGUUGGUGGCGGGAAACGGAUGAAAGCUCUUAGCACGGGAGAGUCGAUCAAUAGCCGAACAAGAGCUUCUCUCGUCAACUUCCGAGAAUGUCUUAUGAAGGCUAUGCUCAUCGCACACGAUGGAGAGGUUUUCGAUCUUAAAAAAGCCUUCAACAAACGUUACAUUGAAACUGACGUCGGUGUCAUGGAAGCCUAUCUCGAUGAGACUCUCAAGUGGGAGUUAGAAACCAUUUACAAUGCCGCUCCGAACCUGGCCCUCAAUGUAGGUAGCGGCACAGCAUCAUCGCAAGAAUUACAUGCUUGGGCAAGCCUAGGAAUUCUUCUCCAACUGUUCGGAAUAGCAUUUCCGGGUAUCACAACAUACUAUUGGAAAUGGGAUAAAGCUGGAAGCCCUAUAGCUGGUUACGCAUACAUAUGCUUCUGUACAGGCACAACUUUCUUGAUAACAGGCAUAUUGUUAUGUGGUCAUGUAAUUGAAGGGGUUACUAAGGAGCGGACAUUCUCUCUCACAGAAAUGGGAGCCCAGGAAGGGCUAAAGUUCUUUAGUCUUCAGCAUAGACAAACUGUCGGCGAUCAGCAAUUCCCAUCUUGCGUCAUAAUCCAUUCUAAGGAUGAUAACAAACUCAGAACCUCGCGGUUAAGCAGCAUGAGCUACCGGAACUUAGUUACUGUUUCGACCAUCAUUACACUUGCCGGAUAUGUUGUUCAGUUUGUCGGUCUCCGUGCUCUUCAUUGGUCAGCUACGAUUAUUCAGUUGAGCAUUACCGUCAUCCUUGCCGCGAUUCGGGCCUGGGUAAGGAGAAGCCUUGCAUCAGACCCAAUGAAUUCCUCGGCGGUACCGGGAUAUGAGCUGGCCUGGCUCACACUCUACGUCGUUUCCGACAGACGAAAAACCACUGGAACAAGUAAAAGCGCCAUCGAACGUGGAAACCCCCAGAAAUACGGCUAUUCUAGAAUCCGUGAAAUGUUCCGUCAACAUUUGCGUGGUGACAUGAAUAUUCAACAGUUGAAUAUUGAUAACACUGGGUUUCUCUGGGAAAUCAUUUCAGGUCAACGACAAGACGCCAAUCUCACAGAUAACGUCACCUACAAUCAGCUGACUAGUCCCCUACGCGGGCCGUUGAAAGUCUCUCUAGAGGUUCAGCCUAAGAACCACGCUCCCCACGCGUAUCACACAGGUGCAGACAAGCUAAAUCCACUUCAAACCUAUUUACUGAUUAACUCGAGUACUGCUAUCCGUAUUGAGGGCGAUAGCAGUGAUGCUGCGCAAAGGUCGAAAGCUCUCUGUGCCGUAAUUGAAAACAACGAGAGCUUUGAGCGCCCAAGCAUGGAAGAGUCGGAAAACUUUGGUGGAUCGUAUCUGGGAAUGUUCCUCUCAUCGACGGCGGCUGACAUCAACGCCAAAAAUGCGUCUGCAGAGCGAGUACGAGAUAUUGUCAUUGAAGGGCGUCCCGGGUCAUCCAAGACCUUACAGUACGCCCAAGAGCUAUUCUCUCUUUUUAUUCUUGCGUUAGCAUCGGCUAUUGAGAAGAUAAACGGCGAUGGAAUGGAAAGUAGGCGGAAUAUCGGUGGUAUCAACCCAGUAAGAGAGCACCCUGUCUUCCGCCUGAUUGCGGAUGAGGCGGUGAAGGCAGGAUUAGCGCAAGACACGCAGGAAGCAUAUACAUUGAUUAUACCGGCCUUUGCCAACUAUGACCUCCUUCCGACUGAGUCCAGAAAUUCAGUCCAGGAAUAUUCAUCAGUGGUGAGAUUUCUAUAG